AUGGCCGGAAGAACUCCAAAUGACUUGUUGUAUCCUGGUCAAGACGGUCCGAUGGGCUACUCUGAGGUCAUUGUCAACUACAAAGAUGGCAGGAGGGGAGUGUUCCAAUCACGCUACAUGCUCGAGGUUGUCGACUUCAAAGUGCAUGACGAGAACGGGGAUGGCAUCAACGAGCCCGGAGAACGGCUAAUCAUCAGCGACAUCGUCAUCAAGAACACAGGCCAAAUGCCGUCACCAAAGAUAUCUCGCCUACAAAUCUUGGUCAGGGGCACAAAAUGGCUGGAGCCCAUCCUUGAGCCCUUGGAGAUUCCAGCCGAGAUUCCACCAGGACAUAGUGUCAAGGUUCCGGGUGUGCUGAAGGCCUGGAUCAAGAACGAAACCGUCGACCGCAGCUCGGGCACACUUCUCCGCGCACAAGAUACCGUCUCACUCAGAGCCUACUCCCAGCGGUUGCAGAGAGAUGUUCCCGAGUUUAGCGGCGGUGUGGGCAUCGUCUGCCAAUACCCGCUGCUCAUGACCACGCCAAAGUAUCUGGACAGCGUAGCAAAGGGUGAUAUUGUCACCUUUUCCUGGACGAUACAAAACAUCUCCACCAAGUCACAGGGUCGUAUUGGCACUCUACAGCGCGAGGCUGGGACACAUCUUUCCGAUCCCAACGGCAUGUUCGAUUUGAAGCGAGCUCCAAAGGACACGCCGCACGACAUUAUGGAUAUGAUCGAAGUAAUCGAGCCUGGCGAGGUUAUUCCAAUCACUGUUGACUUUCAAGUAUCGGAGCUGGUCAACGAAUUCACCACAGGCAACAUGUUUGUCACUCUGAUUCUCUCAGAUCCCCACGGAAAGCAGAUGCGGAACGUGGUGGCAUUUGACUUGCGCAUUCAGAUCUCGCCUUCAUACCGCUACAACCCAGCAGCACGAUUCCUGCUUGUCAUCAACGGGUCUUCGCCCAAUGCCUUUGUGCUGCACUUGCUCCACUUCCUUCAACUCGGGCUUCACCUUCCUGUGGACAUCUUCAAUCUCAGUCUCAGCGGCGCAUACACGACAGCCGACACUCGUGACGACAUCUUGGCCAACUACAGCGGCAAGACCAUCAUCUUUCUGGGGAAUCCCAUGAACUAUUUCCAAGACGGACAACGACACCCCUGGGAACUGCUGGACAUUGAUCAAGCCUCUGAGCUCGCAAGAGCAGGAACCAGCUUUCUCAUCAUCUCGCCCGAGAACAUGCAGAGCCUAAAGGGGUUCAGUCAUCUGGUCUCCAGCGGCGUCUCGCCCUUUCAACCAGCUGAUGCUUUCACCCAAACCAGCAACAUCAAGGACUUGCUGACCAAGCUGAUCCCCAAGACAGCCCCGACUCCUGCACGUGUUGUCUUGCCGGUCAAGAAGAAGUUCAUGAAGAAGCUCGACAAGACCCUCGCCGCAACUGCCAAAACAGCCCAGCAGAAGCUCUCCGACACCUUUCCCCUUCGCCGCUUUCUCAUUGCGCCCUCCAGCCCAAUCAGCGACCCCAAAGCCAAGGAAACCGGCCUCGACAUCAUCGAAGGUCUUCCGCACUCCACCAAACUAGUCGCCACUCUCCAACCAUUCCGCCCCGACUCCCCUGUGAUUUCAGAGUACAACAUGGUCAUGCUCGCCCACUCCCUCCCCUUCUCUGACCAAUGCGCCAUCUUCUGGAACCUCGCAGGAGUAGACACCACCUACGGAGUCCCCACCUCGACAAUCUACAAGGGCUCCUCCCUCUCCCAUCUCCGCGUCUACGGCGACGGCAGCACCGCCCAAAAGGUCAGCGGCAAAGCCCUCGAGUCCCUCACCUGGUCUCUCUCCACCCUCCUCGCCUCCGAGAUAACCCACUUCCGCUCCGGCUCCGGCACCUCCUCCCUCCCCCUUUUGUCCCAACUCCCCCUCCUCUCCACCUUCAUCACCUCCUUCCCCGGCAAGGGGUUCACACCUGCCGAAAUAACAGCCACCUUCACCCCGCUGACCCAACUCCUCGGCUUCCUCAGGGGCGUCACCUCCCCCCUGACCCUCGGCCAAAAGUUGGGCGCCAACCUCACCAGAGCCGGCAAGCGCCGCACCAAACUCCGCAGCGUCGUCCUCAACCAACUCUGCAGCCCCGUCGUCAAAGCCAUGCCCCCCUUGCCAAAAAAGACGACCGAUCCCGAGGGCGUCGUGACCAAGAACAAACCCCCCGGCGAGGAAGUCGCCGACGUGGAGAAAGAGACCAAGAAGCAGAUUCUGGAGGUGAAAAGGUCGGGCGCGAGGGGAGGGAGGGGGAUGAACAGGAUCCAGAGGGUGAAUAUGGUUUGCUCGCUUCUGCUCGAGGCCCUGACCGGGACGGAAGGGGUGGGGUUUGUGGAUGUGAUUAACGAUCCGGAGGCGGGGGGGGAGAGCGUGAGGGUGUUGGGUAGUUUUGCAGAGUAUGACCAGUUGCUUGCCAAGUUGGAGGAGAGGAGGGGGAGGUUGGAACGGGAUAUCGAGUAUAGCUUUGGGAGGUUGAGCGGGAUGGUUCAGAGGGGGGGGACGGUCAGGGCGGAACAGCAGCAGCAGCAACAGCCGCAGAUACAGAGGCGGGCGACGGAGCCGGGUGGAGGAGGUGGUGGUGAGGGGGAUGAGAUUAGCUUCGUGAGUAGGUCCAUGACUGUCAGUCCUGUCACGACGGUGGCGUCGCCAAUUGUGUUUGGAAGGGGGCCGGUCGAGGUGUUGCGUGGGGGUAUUGGGAAAGAGGCGAGUGUGGCGGAGAGGGUGGAGGAGGUUGUGUAUGCACAUGAGUUACCCCUUACGGUUCCUAUUCGUGGUGCUGAGUUGGCAGCGUGA